CUCAGUUCCCUCCUGGUCCUGGUCCUGGUCCUGGUCCCGGUCCCGGACUCGGAUCCGGCUUCGCUUCCAUCAGAGCCUUUUUCCAGAAGCUGCGGAGAAAAGUCCCGGUGCGUCCUCCGCCUGUUUCCGUUCUUUUACCGCUGACCCUCCCUGAGGAUGGGCGACUGGAGCGCUUUGGGUCGUCUGUUGGACAAGGUCCAGGCCUACUCUACGGCAGGGGGGAAGGUCUGGCUGUCUGUCCUGUUCAUCUUCAGGAUCCUGGUCCUGGGUACCGCCGUGGAAUCGGCCUGGGGAGACGAGCAGUCCGCCUUCAAAUGCAACACCCAGCAGCCCGGUUGUGAGAACGUGUGCUACGACAAAUCCUUCCCCAUCUCCCACGUUCGCUUCUGGGUCCUUCAGAUCAUCUUUGUGUCCACGCCCACCCUCCUCUACCUGGCCCACGUCUUCUACCUGAACAGGAAGGAGCAGAAGUUCAACAGGAAGGAGGAGGAACUGAAAGCCGUGCAGAAUGACGGAGGCGACGUCGACAUCCCGCUCAAGAAAAUCGAGAUGAAAAAGCUGAAAUACGGCAUCGAGGAGCACGGGAAGGUGAAGAUGAAGGGGGCUCUGCUCAGAACCUACAUCGUCAGCAUUUUCUUCAAGUCCAUGUUCGAGGUGGGCUUCUUGGUGAUCCAGUGGUAUAUGUACGGCUUCAGCCUGUCCGCCGUCUACACCUGCGAGCGCUCCCCGUGUCCGCACAGAGUCGACUGUUUCUUAUCUCGUCCCACGGAGAAGACGGUCUUCAUCAUCUUCAUGCUGGUGGUGUCGUUGGUGUCGCUGCUGCUCAACGUCAUCGAGCUUUUCUACGUGUUUUUCAAGCGGAUCAAAGAUCGCGUGAAGGGCAAACAGCAGCCCACGCUCUACUCCAGCGGAGGAACUCUCAACCCCACGCCCAAAGAACUGUCCACCACCAAGUACGCCUACUACAACGGCUGCUCGUCUCCCACCGCCCCCCUCUCGCCCAUGUCCCCCCCGGGCUACAAACUGGCCACGGGGGAACGGGGAACCGGUUCCUGCCGUAACUACAAUAAGCAGGCGAACGAGCAAAACUGGGCCAACUACUCCACCGAGCAGAACCGACUGGGUCAGAACGGUGGAGGGAGCACUAUUUCAAACUCCCACGCCCAAGCCUUUGACUUCCCCGACGACACUCACGAGCAUAAGAAACUGUCGUCAUCGGCGGGACACGAGCUGCAGCCGCUAGCGCUGAUGGACCCCAGGCCCUGCAGCCGAGCCAGCAGUCGCAUGAGCAGCCGAGCCAGACCCGACGAUCUGGACGUGUAGAGAUGUGCGGCCGCCGACGAGCCAGAGAUUGAGAGAACACGAGCUCACAUAGGUUCACGUAGGAGGAGGCGGGGCUAACCUCAAUCACUGUUUUCAACAUAGAGACUCUUAGUCAAUUAAAGACACUUUAAAAACCUGUUUUGUAACACUGUCGAUGGUACAAGCUGAAAGAAGGUAACUUUGACCGUAAAUGUUUCCAGUGGCACUAACUCAGCAUGAAGAAACUAAAAAAAGUCUUAAUAGAAGCCAUCUGAAGUCAACUAACUGUGUUUGAAGUAGGGCUGGGUGGAAAGAAGAGUAUACACUCCAUAUUUAUAGUUAUUAUAGUAAUGCUAAUUAUUUCUACAAAAAAAAAAAGUGAUAUUGUGUCAAUGACCAUCGCCCAGCCCUGGUUUAAAGUUUAAGAGCUGGUCCGACCCCAGUUGGUUUCAUCGGUUAAUGUUCAGACGUCGUGGAUGACUGACGGGUUUGACGGUGCAGCAUUCACUGACCAUGCUCAGAGUCAGUCAUCAGAGUUGUGCCUUUUGAACCCAAUGGCCUUAGAGACCAGAUGAACUGAGUCUGAAUCUGCCUUAUUUUACUGCUGAUCUGUGAACACUUCCUUAAACGUCCAAACGUCCAGGGUAGGGCUGGGUGAUACGGCAAAGUGGAGUUCAAAUGUUCAGAUACAAUAUCAGUAAAUACGACAAUAAAUGUGGAUUCUUUCAAGGAUUGAGUUGGAAAAACGAAGUAUUAUUUGGUUUGAAGACACACCUCAAAUAGUUGAUUUUGUGGUUUAAUUCUUAUUUUGUUCAUUUAGUUCCUGUACAGUCUUUAAUGUGGGUGUUAUCGGAUACAUUUA